GAUCUCCUCACCGCCGCCUUCCACCUCCCUCUCAUGCCUCCACCCCGUCCGUCCACCCUGGAAAGGAAGGCACCGGUAUAGGGCCUCGGGCGAGCUCCCUCGAGUCCAGACCGGUGCUUCCCCAACCUCCGCCCUCUUCCCCGCGAUUCCCCUCCCCACCCACAGCCGCAGCCGGCGGCAGCCUCCCCCACAUCCGGCGACCUCCUCUCCCACCUCACCCCCCUCCUUCCUCCUCCUCCGCUGCUGCUUGAAAACACCAUGGCGUCUGCUCAAACUCUGCAGCAGAUCAGACGAGAGGUGCGGGGACGAGUUGGGUUGGGAAGCACGAGCACCAUGGACGAUUUGGGUGAGGAGAGAUCAUGGCUGCAGCCACCUAGCUCCAACCACCGUCGGGGCAGAGGAGGCCCCGACGCCAUGGACAAGCAGCCGCGAUUUGAUCUGCUUCCCCUGCAACGUCGCCUAUCUCUACUCAAUUCAGGCAGCAGCAACAGCACUCGAGAUGCAGGACGAGCUCCUAGCUCGGGAACCUCAACAUGCAACACCAACUCAUCUCCAUGGACGGCAUCCACAAGCGACCAAGAUGACGACUAGGAGCCCGACGACGGCGGCGCCAACUACAACCUCUCCGUCUCCGAGAUUUGCCUUGCAAGAUGGAACUGUUGUUCCUUUGAUUGAAAUAGGCAAAAGGCUUGUCUUUUUGGCUGAGUGGGACUACCCAGCCAAGCCAUAUGUUUUCUUGCUCUGUUUCCUCUACGUAGUUCACAGAGGCUUGAUAUGGUACUUUUUCCCUGGCUUUCUUGCUGGCUCCACCAUUUUCAUGCUAUGGACCAAGCACCAUUUUCACUGUUGAGCAGCUCCUUGCUCUGCAGGAAGCCAUCUCGCAGCUUGAGAGGUGAUCGUUGCUGUGACGAAUGAGUCAUGUUCAUGUUGUUGUGAUGAAGCCUCCCCGCGUGGCUUCCCCUGCGCUUUCGGCGGCUGUUCCAUCUCCGACUCCAGUGCAGGUCGAGCGAUUCCAUGUUGAGAUGGAUGGCCACACCCACAUAGCGAUGGAGUGGAAGAACCAGAACCCAAGUCCAAAGAUCAACCGCGGCGACGGCAGAGCGAUUGGGGGCGGUCGACGGCGAA